AUGAAAAAAACAAAUUAAAAAACUAAUGAUAAUAAUUUGAAUAAUUUAAAUGGAGGAGGUUUUGGAGCUCGACCAAAAACAUUGCUUUGUACAGAAUAAAGUCAUUUAUAGGCACAAUAUGUGGAAGAGAAUUUGGAACAGCAUCUCUUGAUAUUCAUCAAAAAACUUGUAUAAUAAAAUAUUAAAAUGACCUCAUGAAUAUGGAUCCUGGACAUAGAAAAUAGAUGCCUACAAGUAAUAAUAAAUUAAUUAAUUUAAUAGCUUAGUAAGUUUUAUAAAAAUUAGACUAAGAAAAGUAGUAUAGAUAAUAAGGUGGUACAAAGGUUGGAUAAAAGUCAUAACAAGUUUUAUAUGAAUAGCCUUAAUAAGUUAUGGCUCUUGUUGGAGUAAGAUAGAUUUAAAUAAAAAUAAUAGUGCAGAAAAUGUGGAAGAAGAUUUAAUCCUGAUAGAAUCAGAAAACAUGAAUCUGUUUGUAUAGGACCUGAACCAGAUAUUUAAAAAAUAAAAGAAUAAUAAUAAGAAUAGAAUAAAAGGGCUGCAAAAUAUUUAAAGCCAAAAAAAACUGGUAAAUGGAAAUAAGAACAUCUGGAAUUUUAAUAGGCUUUGAGAGAAAUGAGGAAAGUUAGAUAAUAAGAAAUAUCAGAAGGUAGAGUAAAUCCUUUUGGACAUUAAUAGUAUGGUUAAUCUUAUGGAACAUAAAAUAAGUAGAUACCAACAAAAUAUGGUAAAGGAAAUUAAUAUCAAUAAAAUUAUAAUAAUCGACCUUAAUAAUAAUAAUAAAAAUAAUCAUAUUAAUAAUAAUAGUUUAAUUAAAAAGGUUAUUCAUAAAGUGUUAAAACAACUCAUAAGUAGCCUAAUUUUGAAUAAUAAUAGACAAAAAUGUUAUAAAAAUCUCCAAUAUCUCAAAUUACCUAAAAAUAAUAAUAUUAAUAACCUAUAAAAAGCUCAUAUAAUGAUGUUGGUUAUGGAAGGCCUGCUUAUAAUGGUGGUGGAGCAUGUAAAUAAUUAAUUAUUAAUUAGCUUACUAAAUUGCUCACUCAAAUGUUAGUACAUUUAGUUUAUUUACAUAGGAUGGAUAACCAAAAAACUAUGAUAAUUAUUAAAAAAAUAAUCCUUAUGCAAAAAAGAAUGGGUUAUAUUGA